UCUGUAGAUGAAAUAGAGCCAUUUGUAGAAACCAUAGAAACAUUAUCCCUACCUUCAGAUGCUGAAAACCUUCCAGGCAAUGUAGAUGGUGUAAACCCGCAGGGAAGCACAACUGUUCGUGUGUUUGUGUAUGUGGAUGUUGUAAACCAAUUUCCACAGUAUUAUAUGCCAUAUUUCAAUCUAUUUCCAGAGGGUUUGUUGACUGUUAACCCAUUUCAAGGUGGAAUUCAACCUUUUGGCCCCUAUGCAGAGGAUCUACUAAAUCAGAACUUAGAUUCAACUAAUGUGAACGCUCUUGCUGAGAGUAUAAGGACCACAAACCUACAUAUUUCUGUAAACACUGACAAUCUGUUGGGAGAAAGUAUGGAAGCUCUUGACCAAAUAUCAGUAGUUAGAAAUCAAUACGCCGAGGAAAUGACAGGUCUAAGUGCUGCUGCAGAUAGUGGAAAAACCCCACUUGCAGUGGAUAUGGCAGCUCAAAGUGCUGGUACAGACAGUGGCAAUACCCCACUUGCAGUAGGUAUGGCAGCUCAAAGUGCUGGUGCAGACAGUGGGAAUACCCCACUUGCAGUAGAUAUGGCAGCUCAAAAUGCUGAUGCAGACAGUGCAAAAGACCCACUUGCAGUAGAUAUGGCAGCUCAAAGUGCUGGUACAGACAGUGCAAAAGACCCACUUACAGUAGAUAUGACAGCUCAAAGUGCUGUUGCAGACGGUGUUGAUAGCCCACUUGCAGUAGAUAUGGCAGCUCAAAGUGCUGGUGCAGACAGUGGAAAAUAUUCACUUGAAGUAGAUAUGGCAGCUCAAAAUGCUGGUGCAGGCAGUGAGAAGACCCCACUUGUAGUAGAUAUGGCAGCACAAAAUGCUGUUGCAGACGGUGGGAAUAGCCCACUUGCAGUAGAUAUGGCAGCUCAAAGUGAUGGUGCAGACAGUGGGAAAUCUCCACUUGAAGUAGAUAUGGCAGCUCAAAGUGCUGGUACAGACAGUGGGAAUACCCCACUUGCAGUAGGUAUGUCAGCUCAAAAUGCUGAUGCAGACAGUGCAAAAAACCCACUUGCAGUAGAUAUGACAGCUCAAAGUGCUGUUGCAGACGGCGGGAAUAGCCCACUUGCAGUAGAUAUGGCAGCUCAAAGUGAUGGUGCAGACAGUGGAAAAUAUUCACUUGAAGUACUUAUGGCAGCUCAAAGUGCUGGUGCAGGCAGUGAGAAGACCCCACUUGCAGUAGAUAUGGCAGCUCAAAGUGAUGGUGCAGACAGUGUGAUGGCCCCACUUGCAGUAGAUAUGGCAGCUCAAAAUGCUGAUGCAGACAGUGCAAAAGACCCACUUGCAGUAGAUAUGACAGCUCAAAAUGCUGUUGCAGACGGUGGGGAUAGCCCACUUGCAGUAGAUAUGGCAGCUCAAAGUGCUGGUGCAGACAGUGGGAAAUCUGAACACAUGUUGGAAGAGAGUAUGGAUUCUUCUGACCAAUUUUCAGAGAGUGUAAAUUCAUGUGCUGAAUUUACACAGAGUACAGAUAAAGACAGUGGUAAUUCAUCUGUAGAAAGUGUUUCACAUACUGAUGUAUCUGCCAAGGCGUUUGAAGAUAUAAGUCUAUCUUCUUCAAAAACAUCUCUCCAAAGCAUAUUACCUGCCAAGAAACAUGGUUUGUUCUGCAGG